AUGCUAUCGUCGUCAUACGCUGAAUGGCACACUCGAGCCACUCCGUACCCAAAUUCAAGCUCGUUCCAACCUACACGAGCCGACCUAGCUGUGCUUGUCCUCCGAAACAGUCCAGUGGAACCCGAGGGCUUUACCCUUGCCUUCUUCGACUCGUCGGAAGGCCAAGUCGCAGUUGAUGCUCUUGGGACUAUCCUCUCCGUCCCUCGAGAAGAUUUCAGUGGUAUCACUGAGCUUGCCACGCGUGUCUCCACAGAACUACCUCCUACCGAAAGAUUUAGGAAUACUUGGGUCAUUGACCAUCCGACAACAAGUCAGCCUAUCGAUCGUUUACUCGUCUCGGUGGAUGGGAAACUAGUGGAAACUAGCGUUCAGGGUUUCAACAAGAACAAGCGCGCGCUACAGAUUCCGAUUGGCGAUGUUACAGAGUUGCCUGAUAUUUUACAAGAAACCGUUGGACUCGUUUUGGAAGCAAGAGAUGGAUAUUCAAGAGAUAAGGUUGAUAAGACUGUGGUGGACAAAGUGAAAGAGAUCAUAGGCGACGAAGUGGUACUAUAA